CUAGGUCUUCAUAAGGAUGGAUCCCAAAGGCUCCUUACCCACUGAUACCGGGACAACUCAUCACAUACUGUAUUACAUUUUAUCGUUUUGGACUAUCCUUUCAUGUCAGCCGAGUCCAAGAUGCAAAGCAUGCAGGAGGUGCUUCCAUUUGCCCGUGAGCUGAUGGCGCAGGGUGGGAGCCGGGGGCUGCUGAAGAUCUACCUGCUGGGCUCCGGCAUGGCCGUCUGUGGGUUGGUAGGGGGGCUGGUGGACGCCGCCUCCUUCGUCUUCGGCGAGAAGGACACACUCUCCAUGGAGACGGAGCAGUCGGUGCCUGUGAGAGCGGUUGAGGAGCAGUCGGUGCCUGUGGAGCCUGUCCUCACUGCUGUGGAGCCUGACGACACAGCCGAUAUUUUUGAGGAAGAAGAGAUGUUCGCCAAAGCCAAGCAGAACCCAGCCAUCACACAGAGGAGGAGGAGUCGCUCCUUUGCAUCCUAGACCUUUACACACACACACACACACGCACACACACACACACA